UUGUAUAUAAGUAUAUUUGAAGUUUGCAUUAUUAUGAUUUUAUACCUUACAGUGCUCCGGCAUAAGUAUCUUUUGUAAUCUGUGGCAGUGAGAGACAUUUUGAUUUUUUAAAUGGCGCCGAAUGAAAGCCAAGCUCAGGAACACCUAGAGAAGGAGCUCUUGCUGCCCUAUACUCAUGUUAUACAAAUCGCGAGCAAGGGGCUGCGCAAGCGCAUCGCAGAGGCGUUCAACCAUUGGCUGCGAUUGCCCGAAGAGACGAUGCGAGAGGUCGUUGACAUCAUACAAAUGUACAGCGACUGCAGUUUGAUAUUAGACGAUAUACAAGACAACAUUACAGUCCGGCGCGGCCUGCCAGCCGCUCACUGCGUGUACGGCGUCCCAUGGGCUGUCAACACAAGCGUCCAUGUGUUUAUGUUGAUUCUAUUAAAAUGUUGCAAGUUGGGGGCUAAGGCGCAGCAGACCUUCUCUGAGCAAUCGUUGGAACUGAUUCGAGGUCAGGGCAAGGAGAUAUAUUGGCGGGACAGUUUCAUCUGUCCAACCGAAGAGGAAUACAAAGCGAUGCUCCAACAAAAGACGGGAGGUAUGUUCAAUUUAGCGUGCCAGCUUAUGCAGAUAUUUAGUGAUAACAAAACUGAUUAUUCUAAUUUUGCGAAGACCCUCGGCUUGUAUUUCCAAUUGAGAGAUGAUUAUUACAACAUUAUGCAACCUGAGGCGUGUGACGAACGCCCAGCAGACAAGGUUUUAGAUGAUUACUGCAUGGACUUAACUGAAGGCAAAUUUACUUUGCCCGUAAUUCAUGCUGCUAAAAGUUCGCGUGGUGCAAUCAUCUUGAAUAUACUCAAGCAGCGUACAACAGACGUCAACACAAAGCGAUAUUGCGUGACGCUGCUGGAGGAGGUUGGCAGCUUAGAGUACACGAAGAAAACUUUGCGAGAUCUCGACAGCUCCCUUAGAAAUGAGAUAAAACGUUUUGGCGGGAACCCUCUCAUGACGGCGGUGUUGGACAUGCUACAGUUGGAGAAUUAAUUAAAUUGUGGUAUUAUUUAUUGUUCUAAUCAUAUAGCGCUUUAAUAAAUGAUAAUUAAAUGUUAG